UUCAAUAACGAAAAUCUUGGAAUUUUGAAAAUUUUAAGUAAUAAUUUGGCUUGUAUAACAGUUUUAGCGAAGUUUUCUCAGCUGGUUCACAUCUUGGGUUGCUUACCCUUCCUUCCCGCGGUUCCCGAAAGAAAAAUUUCAACACCUCGUGAACUGUCAAAAAUCACCAGUUUCGGUUCAGUGGGCGAAUAAAUUUUCAGCAUGGAAGACGAUUCCGAUGACGGUUUCAACGUUGAGGAGAAUUAUUAUGCGUUUCUGAAUGUCCCGAAAAAUGCGGGAAUUGAGGAUAUCAACAGUGCCUACCGACACCUCAGUCGCAUGUACCAUCCCGAUAAGCAUCUAGAUGACGAAAGCAAACGGAAAGCUGAAAUCUUGUUCAACCGCACCAAGAAGGCUUACGAGGUCCUUUCGGACCCCCACAAGCGAGCGAUUUACGAUUCGCUGGGCGUGAAGGGCCUUCAGACUGAAGGAUGGGAGAUAGUCCAUCGACAGAAGACACCGGCCGAGAUCCGGGAGGAAUAUGAGCGGCUGGCGCGCGAGCGCGAGGAGCGCAAGCUGCUGCAGCGCACAAACCCCAAGGGCCAUAUCACGAUCAAUUUUAACGCCACGGAUAUUUUCGAUUCCUAUGAUGACUCCUUUGAGGAGUCGAUGUUGCCCAGCAUAGAGAUAUCUGGGAUGAGCAUCGCUCAGUCAAUCGAGGCCCCACUGACGGUGCGGGACACCGUGACCAUGUCGGGAAACUUAUCUUCACAUAAUGGCAAUGGUAAUGGAGGAUUUCUGAUAUCAGGGCGGCGUUUGAUCAACAAGGGCUGGCUCGAGUUGGACAUUGGUGGCGGCUAUGGUCCCCUGAUUGGGUUCAAAGGCUCUCGGACGUUAUCGCAGAAAGUCUACCUAAAUGGCGGGGCUUCCCUAAACUUUCGACAGAAUGGCAUCAUCCCCGGGAUCAUGGGGACUUUGGCUGUGCAGCUGGAUAAGCAUACGGUUGGCUACUUAACCUUUAACGGCGGCCUCCAGUCGUCGAUGUCUACAGUCGUGGAACACAACACGGAGAAGCACUACUGGAACACCACAAUCCUGCUGGGGAUUCCCCAUUGUUAUUUGAGCGCGAGUUACACGAGGAAGCUGGCCGAGCACGAGCUGAAACUGCGGAUGGCAGGCAAAGUUGGUACUUUUGGUUUCGUAGCAGAAUACGGCGCCGAGAAAAAGGUCUCGAAAUAUAGCUCCGUCGUUGCCUCAGUGUCACUUGGCGUGCCCACAGGCGUUACCCUGAAGAUAAAAAUCAUCCGUUCUUCCCAAACCUUCAUUUUCCCCAUACACCUAAGCGAAGAAAUCGUUCCGGCAGCCGUUUUCUACGCAACUGUUACGCCUUUACUGACGUGGUUCGUUCUGAAGAAGACAAUAAUAGAACCAAUGAACGCAGAGCAGCGGAAACGUGAUAUAGAUAAAGUGAAGGAAACACAUCGACAACGUAUGGCCGAGAAGAAGAAGGAAGCCGAGACCGCUGUCGAUUUGAUGAAGGCGACGUGCGAGCGCAUAGUCAACGAGGAGGAGCGCAAAAAAGGACUAAUUAUAGUGAAUGCCCGUUACGGCAAAUUUCCAGGUACGAGUACGACCACAGAGAGCGGCGAUCACGAAAUCACCAUUGACGUAACAAUCCCGAUUCAGUGCCUCGUUAGGGACAGUCGAUUGAUCUUGCACAAUUCCACAAAGAGCGAGUUACCUGGCUUCUAUGAUCCAUGCUUUGGCGAGGACAAGCAGCUCAAAAUUGAAUACAUUUAUCGCGAAAAUCCGCAAGAAGUAACAAUCAACGAUAAUGAAGCAAUACGUUUGCCUGUUCUGCACAACACCAGCACGCCGGCCAGUUCACCGACAUGAGAGCGAGUGUCCAGCGCUCCGACAACCUUCAACCCAAUUCCCGCAGUGCAGUAGGGACGAGGCAUGGAUCUAGUUCGUAAUCGAAAUGUGAAACUUUCAUGCUCAUUUCAUCGUUAUAUUUGUACAAUUUUGUUAUACACACGCGAACAUUAUGCUUUUCAGUUUUAAAUAGUAUAAAUUGGAUUUAGUAGAGGAAAAAUAAGAAAUUGGAGAUUCAAAUUCCAACACUGCCUUUUUCAAUGGAACUCGAUUAGAAUAUGGAGGGGCGGCCACUAGGCGAGUAGUAGAUGCAUUAAAGGAAAUUAAUGUUAAGAAAGAUGUGAUCUUACGAGUGACACUGACCAAUAUUAGAUUUGAGAGUGACUGGUUGAAUCUACUGAACUAUUUCCGAGGGGAACUGUUAACCGAGAAUCUUCUAUUUUAUUUGAAUAAUUGGGAACCUCUAUUUACGUUGAAAUAUAGAAUAAAGCGAUUGAUUUGAAAACUUGUU